CACAUAUGCGCAUACGCGUGCGUACAACGGCGUACAAACGCGUACAAAUCGCUAAAAAGUUUGAUAGUGCCAACAACAGAAAGUUACUAUUAUUUCUCGCAUACCUCAAACGAACACACACUCCCAGAACAAACGUAUCAUAACGCUAUAUUAUUGAAGGUUAUGAUACGUUUAUUCCGGGAGUAAGUGUAAUCAUGGUAUUUUACGUAUCUUGGGCGAAUCGAGGCCUCGAUCGUUCUUCCCGUUCUGACCCUGAUAUAUCACAACGAUAGUGCCCACUGCCCAGAUUGCUAACUAUUAGAACCAUGGAGACUAUAUACCGUCGAUAACAUUAUUUGCGGCUCCACUGGAAGAUGGCACCCGUUUCAAUAGUUACACGAUGAGUAUUUUGGGCACUUUCUAACGCCGACGGCUUAUAUGUACAUUGUGCUUCAACUCCUGUAUAUAGUCUCCAUGAUUAGAACAGAGCGAAACAUGGCAAAAUACCGCGCGGUUUUCUGACCCUCGGAUCUUAUCUGGAGAGAGCCUAAAAGAGAGAUAGUAGAUUAUAGCUUACACUAAUCGUGUCAGAAGUUUUGGAAACUUAAGAUUCAUAAAAUGUGCAAAGCAGAAUAUUAUUAUUUCAAUACUAACCAGAAUAUUGAUUGCCACUUAUAAAGUGAUAUUUAAUUUUUACUGGUUUCAUUAAACUUACCCAUUAAACCUACCUGUAUGAACUAACGAUCGGAAGUUGCAAGGUGAGGCGAGCGCCAAAUCGAGCAAUAGAUCAUACCUAAAGAGAAAACACGAGGAAAAGAAAUUAUUGAAAAUCAUCGCGUACUCUUUUGCCUUAUUUUUCCAUUGAUUGAAUGAUAUAUUGACUACAAAACUUUACAAAGUUACAAGAAGACGGAAUAAUUUCAUCAAACUUAGCGAGAUACAAAUUGAUUGAACAUUAUCUAAUAUGUUAUUAUCUUAUAGCAUAUUAAAUCAGCUGAGCUUAUUUUCUAAGCCAGCCAUGUUGAGAAAUAUUUUAGAGACGAUUACCGAUUGUUGUAGACUUCUGUCGACAUUUGGAAUACCUUUGGAUAGCAAUAACAUAAUGAGUACUUUGACUAUAGGAUGCCUGUCGACACUGCAAGCCGUAGAGCAUAAAUACACGUGGAAAAUAGAAAAUUUUCACUAUUGGCCAGAAACUUCAAAAAAUGAUUUAACAACACCUGAAUUUUCGAUUAAAAUAUUAGAUCGCAAUUUAAAAUGUAAUAUAAAAAUAUGCCAUAAACAGACGCUAAAUCAGUUUAAUGAGUUAUUACUCCAGAAAGAAUUAAACCUCAGUAUUUGUUUCAAGCAUAAUCUCAAUACUCAAAAUAUUCAAAUACACGUACAAAUUUCAGUGCUCAACAAUCAAUCAGAAGUUUAUAAAAUGUUUAAAAAAUGGUGUUAUCUUGAUAAUCGUAGUACAAUAAUAGAUUGGUUUGAAUUUUUAAAACAUAAUGAAAUCAUGGCAAGUGGAAACAAUCUAUUAAACAACAAUGCGUUAACAAUAUGUUUCGAAUUCAUAAUACCCACAGGAAUAAACAAUACUUUACAAAACAAAACUGUAGCUUCUAAUGAGGUUGGAUGCAGAAUUAUAUUAGAUCUAGAAGAUUUGUUUAAGAGUAAAAAAUACAGUGAUUUUAUAAUCACAGCUUCUUGUGGUCAAAGAUUUGAAGUUCAUAAAGUUAUAUUAGCAGCACGCUGUAACAUUUUUGCAGCAAUGUUUGAUAGUGAUAUGUUAGAGAGAAGGGAAAACAAGGUUGAUAUCUCUGAUAUUGAUGGUAAAACAAUGUACCAACUUCUCAGUUUUAUUUAUACCGGACAAGUAAAUUUACAUCAAGAUAAUGCUCUUCAAGUGAUGCAAGCAUCUGAAAAAUAUAAUAUUAUAGAUUUAAAACAAAAAUGUGAAAUCAUUCUCUGGGAAAGUGUUUCCAUUGAAAAUGUAGCAGAAAUUUUUACCAUUGCUAAUAUCUGUAAUGCAAAACAAUUAAAAAAUAAAUGUCUAAAUUUCAUGGCAGAAAACCAAAAAGACGUAAUAAAGACUUCUGGAUUUAAAACUAUGGCAAAAAGAGAUGAUGUAGAUUUGUCAGAAAUGUUAUCAUACUUUGUAAAAUGAAACGUGCAAUUGAAGAAAACUUCUUUUAUAGUUUAACAUUUUUUUUAAUAAAGAAUAUUUGUACAAUAUGCAUGUGUGUGUGUGUAUGUAGUUAUUUUAUUCCACACAAUGUUUUGAUACAUGCUUGACAAGUAAUAUCUAGUUAAAGCUAUUUAUAUAAGUUGAAUUAUGAAUA